AUGAUUAACAGUCGCACCAUUGGGGGAUGCCCUAAGGGCAUCCCCAAUGGUGCGACGGAUGGCUUUUUCGACGUUGCGCUGACAGAAGAUGACCUCGCGGACCACCAACGGCUGCGUGAUGCAUGGCAGCGACGCGCGAGCAGCAUCCUCAAGUAA